AUGGCCGACAGCGCACCGCUCCGCAUCGCCAACCUCGCCGUCGUCCUCCUCCUCGGCGGCCGCUCCUCCAGGAUGGGCUCGGCCAAGCACCUCCUCGAGCACCCGGCGACCCGGCGGCCCCUCUACCAGCACCACCUCGACCUCUUGGUCGAGCUCGAGAAGCAGGGCGUCUUCCCGGCGGGCGUCGUCGUCAGCGCUCGCGCCGACCAGCGCGACCAACUCGAGCUGCCCGAGGGAGUCGAGCUCGUCGUUGACGACCCCGACAAGAACGGCGCUAUCGGGCCCGCGAGUGGCAUCCUCGAGGCCGCCAACGCCAAGCCCGACGCGACCUGGCUCGUCCUCGCCGUCGACCUGCCCUUUGUCACACGCUCCUCGAUCCUCCGCCUCGUCGCGUCGCACGCACGCGACUCGCCCGUCUCGCUCUACCUCCACCCGUCCGACGGCAACCCCGAGCCCCUCUUCUCGGUGUGGACCCCGCGCGCGCUCGAGCAGUUGCGCGCAAACUGCCGCGAGGGCAAGAGCGGGCCCUGUCGAGCGGCCAAGGACGUGUGGGGGGGCAAGGUUGUCGAGGGACGCGGCGGCGUCUCGGUCGUCGAGGACGACUGCGUGCGCGACGCCGACACGCCCGAGGAGUGGGAGCAGGCGGUCGCAGAGCUGGCUAAGCGACAACAGCUUCGACCCGGCGCGACUUCCUCCCAACCUUCCGCUCCCGCACCUCCUCCCUUCGCUCCUGCACCCACCCACUCUAUCUCGUUCCACACCGCCCUCGCCCUCAUCGACGACCUCCCUCUCCCUCAAGUCGUCGGCGCGUCGUCAAUCCCCGAUCCCGCCUUCUCGACGUCGAACGACGAGCGCGCAUCGCGACUUCCUCUCGUCGAGGCGGCCGGCGGCAUCUCGAGCGCCACCGUGCGGGCCACCCUCCCCUGCCCGCUACACGACAACUCGGCCAUGGACGGUUACGCCGUCCCGUCCUCUCUCCUCGCCACCGCCUCUCCCGACCGUCCCGUCCUCCUGCCCAUCCUCGGCCGCAUCGUCGCCGGCGACCCACCUCCUCCACCCGAGCUCGUCGCCGCUCUCGGCACUCACGGGUGCUGGGAGGUCAUGACGGGCGCCGUCCUCCCAUCCGCCGCGUUCGACGCGGUCGUCAAGGUCGAGGACGCGCACGAGGUGGGCGAGGCGGACCGAGCGGGUCGGCGCGUCGUGCGCUUCGUCACGCGUGCGACGCCGCAGCAGCAUCGUCGGGCGAAAGGCGAGCAGGUCCAGCCGGGCGACGUCGUCCUCGGCGAGGGCGAGCGCGUGUCGCCCGAGAAGGUGCUCCUCCUCGCCGCGUGCGGCAUCGCGCAGGUUGCGGUGCGCUCGGCGCCCCUCUCGCCGCCGCGACGUCCACGAGGGCGGGUCGGCAUCGUCGCGACGGGCAAGGAGAUCGUGCCCUUGGCGUCGCUCGGUCCCGGUCGCGAGCCCGCACCCGGUCACGUCGUCGACUGCAUCACGCCGUUCCUCUCGGCGCUCCUCCACUCGCACGGCUUCGAGCCCGUCGUUCUCUCAUCGAGCGGCGACUCUCGAUCCGCGUUCGCCUCGACCGUCGCCGCCGCACUCGUCGCCGAUCCGCCCUUCUCCCUCCUCGUCACCGUCGCCGGCGUCUCUCGCGGCUCGACCGACCACAUCCCGUCCUCCCUCGCCUCCCUCGGCAUCUCGCCCGUCUUCCACGGCGUCAAGAUCCGCCCAGGAGCGCCCGUCAAGCUCGGCUUCCACCCGCCGACCCCGACUCGAGCGAGCUGCGCGCUCCCGGUCCUCAGCCUCCCCGGCAACCCGAUGGCGAGCGCGGCGUGCAUGCGCAGCUUUGGCGGCGCGCUCCUCGAGCGCUUGAGCGGCGCGGGCACGGCCUGGCGCUCGAUGGAUGCGGCGCAGGCGCGGCGCUGGGCGCAGGUGCUGCCGGCGACGCGGAGCGGGUCGUCGAGCUUCUGGACGGUGCCGCUCGACGCGCAGUCGGGCUUGCCGUCUCUCGAGUCGGCGAUGGCGAGAAGGUGGACAUGGCCGGGCGCGCUCGGCAGCCUCGCUGGCGCCGGAGCGUGGGUGCGAGUCGACGUGGACGAGCAGGGAGCGAGCGUGGCCUGGCGUAGCUUUUGAAAUUCUCUCGUCGCCUUGCCCGGUUCUGCAUCGCUGUCGAGCCUGUACACCUC